AUGGAUACUGGUGAUACUGUUGAUGCUUCAAAGAUUGCCAAUAAACUAUUUGCAGAGGAAAUAUCUUCUGCCAAACCAGCAGAGAUUACUCAAUUUUUAGCUGGUGAUGAUCCUGAAUCAACUGAAAUUAGAACUAUUUAUUUCAACAACUUCAAAUGGCCGGCUAACCUACUUAGCUCUAUGCGUUUACUAUGCUCCAAGCUAUACCUCAAAGCUGAGUCACAAGAGUUGGAUCGUAUUUUAUCAUCAUUUGCUCAAUCGUAUUUAAAUCAACAUCCUCAAAAUGUAUUUUGUACGCAAAAUUUUGAACAAAUUUAUGUCAUCGUGUACUCAUUAAUCUUGUUGAAUACUGCUUUACACAAUCUGGAAUUGAAUAGAAAGUCACGUAUUCGUCAAUCUGAUUUCAUUAGAAAUACAUUGUCUACCUUUUUACUGCAAGAUGCAAAAUUACUGAAAAGUUUAUCAACGAAACAAAAACUAUCCAUUGAAGUUACAUUGUCUGAUUAUUAUGACGAUUUGGUGAAGAAUGAAUUGAUUUUGAAAACCGAAGCUUCGACCCCAUCAAAUCGUCUUUCUCGGGCUAGUAAAGAUGAAGAUAAUUCUACAAAUAUCACCACAACUACGUUGACAGCUGAUACCAAUGGAGAUAUGGACCACAAUUUAACCAGAAAGAGUUCAAAUUCAUCCAUUUGGUCUACUGAUACCAACCAACAACAACACCAUCACCAACAACGAUUCUCCACGGGGUUGAAAAGAAUUACAACAGCAACGUCAACUGUCACUGCACAAACAGCACAGACGGCAUCUACAUCUGCACCAGCUAGAGUUGGACUUGCUAGAGCUUUAGCAGGGCUGGUGGUACUUCAUGAGCAGUCAAUGUACAAACAUGCCAAUCACUCCUUAAUGUCACAAAGAUCAUCACCAGCUUUACGUCAUAGAGCUUCUUUCGAUCAAGGUAAUAAGAGAACAUCAGUAAUUUCAAGAAAGGUUGAUGACACAAUGUCAGUAUUGUCAUUGGAUAUAGCUGGCCCCAAUUGGGAAGAAGACCAAAAAGACAUGGAACAAUUUGAUGUCGAAGAUUAUCAAGAUGAAUAUGACUUGGAAUUGGAGUUGAAUGGUAGCCCAUAUCUUAAAGAAGGUUUGCUAAAGUUGAAAAUUCUUAACAAUGAUUCCAUUGAUGAUGGCUCCAUCACUCACCAACCUCAAGGAAAUCGUUUUUUCUCAUUUUUCCAACAAUCAAAAAACAUCAAUGCAUUGAGUAAAUUUAUUGAUCAUUUCGUUGUUGUGUCAAAAGGAGAGUUAUCUCUCUACUCAUUUGACCCAAAGGUUAUCAAGAAACACAAACGUGAAACUGAUGCCGAAGACGACAUCGGUGAUGGAAAUUGGCUACGUAAUGCAGUAAAACUAGGUACUUACAAUUUAUGUUCCACAUUCGCCUGCUUAGAUAAACUGCAAGCCGGUAAAGUAUACUGGACAUUAACUUUCCCCAAGAUUACCAAAAAACCUGCCAAGAAAUUCAUCUUUGAGGCUGGAACCAAAGAAAUUGCCUUGGAAUUUGUCAAUACUUGUAAUUUUUGGGCGGCUAAAAUAUCAGCUAUCCCAACAUUGGAAGAAAGUGUAUCUUCCGAAGAAUAUGGAUGGGUGAACUUGAACCAUUUGAUAAAGACGAGGAAGUCGUUUAAGAAGUUAAAGAAUAUUCAGAAAUGGGAGCCUGUAUUACAAGGAGUCUACAUAUCGAAUCUCUCGGUUAACGAAGAAGCUAACCACUGGGGCAUGAUGAAUCAAUUUGUGAAAACGUCAAGUUACUACAAUCAUUUAAAGAAACUGUAUCGAGAUUUCACCCAUUUGAAACAAAAAUUUAUUGAAAAUUUCCCUAAAUCACAAUACAAUGGAUCCAACUACACCCGUGUCAUAACCAACUUUGAUUCCAAAAUUGAGCACUACAAACACCAACUUAUGGUGUAUCGAAGUUAUAUAAUCAUUUUGGGUUUCGCAUUACAAUUGCGAUUUGAUUUACAUGAAGAGAAGAAAUCACAAGCUAGAGAUAAACUAGAUACAAGUUUAGAAGAUGACUCAUCUCAUCAUAGUUUGAUUGAUGAUGAACAGGAAGAUGAUGAAUUGACGAAAUUGGUGAAAAGCGAGAUAAAGAAGUUGUUUUUCAAUAUGAAGGAUAUCGGCAAUAUCAUCCCUACUUUUAAAUCAUCAAAAUCAAUCAAAAACAUUGCCAAAUUACAAGAACAACAUCAAUUAGAGCAGAAUAAAUUGGUCAAGUCUCCAAAGACUUUCACAUUAUCUAAUUUGAAGGAUAACGAAUCGCCUAUUGCUCAAUUAAUUGCUACUUCGAAUCAAAGUUCGAGUCCACCGAGAAAGGAGUCUGUGAUGGAGACGACAAUUACGGAGGAAGAUGAAGAAGAGGACGAGGAAGAGAAGAAAGCGGUGGAUCAAGUGGACGAUAAUGAAGUGACUGAGCCGAAGCAAGGAAAGCCGACUGCGAGUAGUGACGUACCUACAAAGGACAGAGUUGUCAACGAGGAAAAGGUAGUAAAUGAAGGAAACGUAGAUGAUGACGAAGAAGAUACUGCUAAUGAAAUCAAGGGUCAAUUAAGUAGAAGAGACUCUGAAAAUACUAAAGUUGAGCAAGAAAGUAAUGUUUCCGGUGAUGAACAAUGUGGUGAUGCUACUGGUGGCUCACCUGUUGGAAGUAUAAAAAAGCCAAAUUUGGAAGUCGUAACUAACGAGGUAUCGGCUUUGGUUAUAUAA